AUGAGCGACGAUUACAGACCGGUUAUCCCUGGAUCAUUUCCUAAUGCCCUAUCAGUUGUAUCAGGAACAGAAUUACGAACAAAUACAAAAGCAGUUGCCACAACAAUCAUAGACGAAGAGAACAAUUCGAAGUUUCGGAACAAACAAUUUAUAGUUCAAAAAACCAGACAUCAGCAGAAUUUGAUAUCACAACUUGAUACUUUGGUUUAUUUGCUACUAGGGUACCAAUUUAUUAAAUAUUGCCAUUCAGCAUGCAUACUACCAGUUCUAUUACAUAUAAUAGUGCAGAAGAUUUUAAGCUGCAGUUCUAUUACCGGUGAUCCUAGUAGUGGCGGCAUUCACGUAAUCAAUGAGGCUGUUACAGAUUUUAUUAAUAGACGAAGGCAAGAUAAUGCUGGUACACCCAAUGACCUUUCGAGAGAUGACCUAAUUAACAAUAUAUUUAUAAAGGCUUGUUCGUUCAUCUACUGGAAAGCGAUAAUAACAUGCGUGUAUCACGUAUUGUUUGUAUGCACAUGGAUGGUGCUGAUAGUGAAUGAUGAUAAGUUAAAAAUGUUAGAAAAUGGGUCAUGGUGGUUUAUUUCUUUUAUCGGGGAGUCAACCCCUGAAGAUAUUACUAAAGAGACCAAUUAUUGGUAUAAGCUAUUUCAAUUGGGACUACCUGGGCUAUUGGUAUCCGAUCUAAUUAUAUUAUUUAUUCAAUUGGUACUUUUCCAGUGUAUAUAUAAACAAUCAACUGUUUCACCAAUUGGCAGAGCAUUGAAUGAAGAUGAGAUUAAUCUUAUAAGACAAGCUGGUGACUUUUCUUCAACUCCAGAUAGAGCAAAAAUCAUUGGAGGUACCGUCCCAUGGAUACUACUGAUUAAACUUUAUGAACUAUUCGAAAGAAAGUCAUUUACAGACUCUUGA